CAAGGUGCUAAUUGUUUGCUCGUGGUUUGAUCUUCAAGGAAAUGAUUUUAAGGCUAUAGUUUACGAAUACAUGGAUAAUGGGAACCUUGAGAACUGGUUGCAUUAUUUUAGUCCCCAAGAGAAUUCCCAGAUUGAAGACAAGAGGAUGUUAAGUUUUGUUGAAAGGUUAAACAUUCUCAUUGAUGUGGCCUGCGCUUUGGAUUAUCUUCAUAAUGAUUGUGAACCUGCAAUAAUCCAUUGCGAUCUCAAGCCGAGUAAUGUUCUCCUGGAUAAGAACAUGACUGCACAUGUUAGUGAUUUUGGAGUGGCAAAAUUUGUACAACAAAGGAUUCAAAGCUCUUCAAAAAAUCAUAGUUCUGUAGGAUUACAAGGAACUAUUGGUUAUGCACCUCCGGAAUAUGGUAUGGGAAGCAAGCCAUCAAAAGCAGGUGAUGUAUAUAGCUUUGGCAUACUAAUCAUAGAAAUGUUCACUGGGAAGAGACCUACGGAUGAAUUGUUCAAAGACGGCUUAACCCUUCAUAGCUACGCUAAGGCUGGUUUAGCCGACAGAGAAGUGGAGAUUGCAGAUUCAAAAGUACUCCAAGAAAGAGAUGAACAAAUACAAAUGAGGAAGAAUAUUGGGAAAUCCUGCGAGGAGAAGGACAAAUAUGAUGUGUGCUUAGUUUGUAUGAUCAAAGUUGGGGUUGAUUGUUUUGUGGAAUUCCCAGCAGAUAGAAUGAAGAUUCGUGAUGUUGUUGGUGAAUUAAAUAAAGCAAGGAAAUUCUUCUUCAUGCACUGA